AUGAGAACCUUAUAUGUCACACAAAGCGGCGCGAUAGCGUUGUAUGCGCUUCUUGCAGCCGUAACAGUAUCUGCCUCUGGCGUCGACUCUGGCUACACUCACGACUACGUUGCUCCGGAUAACCUCGUUGACCCGCAGGUCACUGUUCAAGCAAAGGUCCUUGCUCCGGAUGGGCCCAGAUAUAAGGCUCUGGUUUUCGCCUCGUCCACCUUCAACACAUCUACCUUCAACCUCGUUCGGAAAGAUGUGGCGGCACGAGUGGUAGAGUUUGCUCAAAAAGGACUCCCCGUGGUUCUUGUUGGUAGCCUACCCCAAGUGACAUCAAAUGCUCAGGCUGGUCAAAUCGUCGAAGACGGAUGGCAUAAGAUACGCAACUUGCCAUCCGUGCAGUUUGUCUCGUCACUUGCAGAUCUCACCGGUGCCCUGACUAAGGCAGGAAUCACAGCCGAUGUUUCGCCGGACUGUACUACCGGUACAUUGCGUGUGGUGAAACGGUCCGACCCCAGGGGCAAGGCGGAUUAUGUCUUUCUGUAUAACGAUCAGAACGUCUCUACCACAUGCAAAGUCAACAUCCAAAACAAUGGAGCGAGAACGCCGCACCUUCUCAAUGCUUGGACGGGGGAGAGGAAAAUGGUCGACUCAUUCAAGAGAAGGUCCGCGGCGAUUGCGGUCUCCCUGCAGUUCGCGCCAAAUGAGACAACCAUUCUAAGUCUUGAGAAUAGUGGCAAUAGUGAUGCAGGAAAUUCGAGCAUUGUCGCAAGCAGCAGUACGUCAAGUCGAUACAGCAUAGCUAACCUGACACGUUGGGACCUGUCGAUUGAAGACUUUCACGCUCCAAGCGACCGUUCUCUGGUUCAAACAGCCGUCACGUUGCACAACUUCUCCAACAUCACCCUGAGACCAUGGAGCGCUAUCUCUCCUGCUUUGACCAAUGUGGGUGGCAUCGGUCGAUACUCGAACGAGCCUCACUGUACCGAAUGUCCCUCGCAUACAGGGCAAGCUAUCACUAGGGCCGAUUAUUCACACUGCUCGCGUUUAUAUCGAUGGACGAAAACUUCCUCCCAUUGA